AAACAUUGCCCCCGAGAUUGGAGCUUGAUACGCAGCCAAGGGGGCGGCUCAAGGCCCCCGUGCUUUCAGGCGAUUCUUUAUUUACUUCGCACCACGUCGCAGCCCGCCCAGGCUCGGGCGCCCCGCCCUUGCCCAUGUCAGGACGCGAUGAUGGCGGUGCAAAGUGCCUCUCGUGUGGGGCAGCCAAAGGUAACAAGCCGUGGUACAAGGGGUGCGCGCAAUGCUGGAGCUUGUUUGCCUCGCGCGGUUCAUGCUCAGCCUCCUAGUCCUGGUGGUCAGUGGAGUCACGGCCCGCCACGUCCUCGGAGUCAAACCACCUGCAUGGGCCCCAAGUCGUCUUCUGGUCAGCGUCAGCAACAGGCAGCUCACGGGCGCGGUGGUCGUCUCGGCGCGCCCAAAGAUCUCGUGUCGCUUCUGGAGCAGAUGCAGUUUCUCUGGGGACAGUUCAAAGAAGAACCCACACAGCGUGGCACUUUGGUCGAAGUGGUCGAGCAGUCGACAUCGGAGAUGCGCACCACGGCCAGCGAGUCUUGUCCCAUUUUGCAGCAGCACUAUGAAGUUCAGCAGGCCACCACCAAGAAUGAGAAGCUCGCGGGUUCGUUGGACAGACAAAUUUCGGAGAUGGGGGAGCGGCUUGCGGGCGGAGGCCGUCACCAUCCAGUCUCAGUUCAAGAAGCGUUUCGUCGAGUUGGCCGCCAAGGUUGCCAGCCUCCCCGCUCGUGUCGACGCGACAGCACUCGUCGCAGACGUGGACGCGUUCGACAAGCUACUUCAGGAAGUGGGCUUGUCUGCCAUUCGUGAGAGCGGGUCCCAGUUCAAGCCCAAGUGCCAGUCUGCCAGCCAGCCUGGUGGACGCUCUGCCUCGGAGCCUCCUACUAGUGGCGGGGGUGGUGGCGUUGGGUCGGGUUCGGUACCAGCUGGCCAGGCCGACACUGACAUGCCGCCAGCCUCCGGGGAGGAUGAGGAGGCGCUGCGCAAUUUCAUGUCUGCCUGGUCCACAGCGCAGGGCCCCGAUGCCUCUUCGGAGGCGCGCAAGCGUGUUGCAGACGUGCUGGCUGCCACGGCCAAGAAGCUUCGCCGCUCGCCUGACGCGCCCCCUUCUACCCCCACUGAUGGCACCCCUGCUCCUGGAGCCGCUGCUUCUGCCAUGGGUGGUGGGUAGCGGCCUCCGAGCUGGAGAGGCCCAGUGCACCUGGCCAAGUUCUGCCGGCGAACCCCCGCUCUUAAGCCAUGAGGUUCUCUCAUUUCCUCCUGGGCCUCCCCCCGCCAACGUGUCUCUGCGUGUCCAAACCUGUAAUGCUGCAGGAUGGGGAAAGCUGCGUGCAGGUGGUUUCCAGACGUUUCGGCGCACGCUCCACUGCUGCAGGGGCGCCAUCUUGCCGACCAUGAUACGACUGCUCGUGCUCCCCAGCGGCUGUCCAGGCGCGGUUGGAAGUCGUGUUGUGCGCGGGCUGCAAAGGGUGUCGGAUGUGGCAGUUCAGGUGGAGUGGCAGUAUUGGCACGUUCUUUCUUAGGCAUGCACGCUCUCUCGUCGGGCUUCGAGAUCGUUCCCCAUCGCGCGGGUGCCGCAGUCAUCGUGGCCCCAAGCGGUCUUCAUGUCAUUGCGGGCUCUCUCUCUCUCUCUCUCUCUCUCUCUCUCUCUGUCUCUGUCUCUACUUGCACGAUGUUCAGGGGCUUUCGGGGCGCAACGUCGAGCUCUCGCGCAGGUUGGAGCCAUCGCGUCACAACAUGCCGACAAACCUGGGCGGAGACUUCAACAUGACUCCAGCUCAGUUGAUGCAAUGAAAUUUCACUGCAGAGAUGAAGGGCCAGCUGACCGCCCCCCCUCUCGAACAGCACACUCUUCGUAGCCAGGACGGUCGCAAAACAUUUGAUUGUGUCGUCGCCUCCUCGGACAUAGAAAUUUGUUGCUCGACAGCCCUGCGCGCCAAGUUCAGGAUGGGGGGUCUGACGUCGUUGAAUCGGUCGUUGGGGGGUCUGGCGAUGGGGGAGGUACUCUGGAAUGCCAGUGCGCGCGGCAGCGGCCGCCUCCCCCCUCGACGUUGAGUUCGAAGGUGAGGAGGUGGUUGCGUUCGCCCCUGUCUCUGAUGACCCUUCGGGCCAUCUCCCAGGCGCAUCCUGUGCGCGUGUUGGCUUCUCCUCCCGUGAGGCGGGCUCUUUUGGGGCUGCUGCCGCAGCCCCCGGCGUGGCUGGUGCAUCUUGUGCACUUCACAGCCCCUGGUCCCGCUGCCCCUUUUUCCUCCUCCGCCUUUGUGAACACGCCUGCGAUUCAGGCGGUCUGGAACCGUCUCCUUGCGGAGGCUGUUUCUUUUGUUCAGGAGGAGAUCGGAUCCGACGGCUUUUCGUCGGGAUCCGAUUAGGUGGCAGUUAUUAUCAUGGUGAUGCCAUAUAUAUAGAUAUCGAACGCUGCGCGCUCGGCCUCUUCUGCAAAACUCCGCCGCCUUUCUGGGCAUUCCGC